AUGACUGCAGACUUUGGGCAGACUCACGGCACUGAGACGUGCUGUGGACAUGGAGAGAUCGCCAGGCUGAAGCGAAGACGGCAACCACCAGCCAGGUUCAAGCUUCGAACACAAGGCCAAACACUAUUGUAUCUUUACGACUGGAUUCAGAGCCUGGAGUCGCGAGGAAACUGGCUGACUGUCUCUGGCUUCGGGUCAAGGCUGACAGCCGUUACGUCAACAUAUCAGGCCUUCAGAGCUGGUCGUUCGCCCUGUCAGCUUGUCUUGGUUUUCCUACAUGUACUGAGUCCAGACCUGUUUCCAUCACGAUGCGCCCGCUUCUGCUCAACCGAGCAAUGGCGAGGGAGUAAUGCUGAUCAAAGUACCAGGCAUGAUCUCGCCGAGCCAUGGCUUCGAGGUAUGUCCACCAAUUCAUCUAAAUACCUCACAAGCGCCAAAUGCUUAUCCAGGUUGUCACAGAAGUCAUCAACGUUUGGACUUGAGCUCAUGCAUCUUCUGAUUAUGCACCCCGCGCUGCCUCGUCUUGGAAAAUGCGUACCUGCAGCUUCUGCCAUGUGGUUCGGUGUCGCAAACAUGCCGCACGACAUGAGCGCCACUAACACGGCGUGUCGAGCCGAGGCUUCGGCCCGAGGCCCACACUGCCGAGCUGAGCUCUCUCACUCAAAUUCAGGUCAUCCAUCCCCCACGCAAGAUUUGACCCGACAAGAAGCCAAGAUGCCAAAAGUCAAGAAACCUCGAAAAAGCCGACGACUCGGACCAACAAGCAGAACGAAACAAACCGACUCGCCACAACCCAUCACUCAACCCCUCGAGCAAAACUCCAAAAUCCUCAACCUCCCAAAAGAACUUCUGUCGCACAUCCUCAGCUACACUCUGACACGAGAAGCACCUAUCAUCCUCCACUCCAACUCUUCCCGCCGCUGGAGAACCGAACUCGCCACCCUCAACGCACUCCCACUAUGCUGGGGCAGCGCAAAAAAAGACCGGAGCCUCGACAUCCUCCUCGUCUCUAAAGCCUUCUACUUCGCCGGCGUCGAGGCAUUCUACAGCUCCAACACUUUCCAAUUCGGUUCCGUCACAGCACUGACCAAACUCCUCAACUCCAUCGACUCAGAUCGCAAAAAUUGCAUUCAGAAGAUCCGGCUACUGCAAUUCUGCAAUCCUGUUAUGAGUGGAUAUGAGCUUGAGUCACCUGAAGAAAUGAGUCUUAAGGAGCUCAAAGGUGCUGAAACGAUACCCGCUGGGCUUCCGGGGAAAUUGCCGAGAUUGAAACAAGUUAGGAUUAGGUGUGUGGCUAAUGGGUGUUAUUUUCAUUCUGAGAAGGAGAGGGUGAUGGUGAGGGGUAUGAUUCAGGAUGUGUUGAGGAACAAAUGGGGGGAAUUGCCUGAAGGCGUGGAGGUGGAGAUUGAGGUUGUGGGUGUCUGCUGCUAUGACAUCCAUGCGGGUGCGCGCAGUGUGGACUGUUGCAGGUAUGUCAUGUCGCUCUUCCAUCAGAUCAGAUCCAUUACUGAGCUCUUAGCUCCUGGAGACGCAGUCCUUGCCAAAUCAAAACUCCAGUCAGGCUUUCAAGCAUUCAGCUCGCCUAACGACUUUCGGCCAUGUCUCCCAUCGAAAUCCAACCCCAUCCUUCUCUCCUGCGGCCCGGACCUCAUCAAACCCAUCUCCCAAAGUCCCUCCGCAACGCACAUAGCCUUCCUCGCCUUACCAUGCGUGCUGAGUCGUCCAACGUUUCCGAACGACUUCAGACGACGCGCCACCGUCUCCUCAGCGGCCUUGACCUUAUCAAACACAUCUCCAAACGUAUCUUCGCGACACACCCAAACGAUCAACCACUCAGGAGCCCCCGCUCUCCCCAUCCAACCGGACUGCGGCCAAUACAAGAUUUCCUGCCAAGACCCAAUCUUCUUGCCACUGCGCUCCGCCGCGGGCCAUAAAACCCUGUUCUUACAUCUGACCAGUUGUGUUCGCCACUGGCGCUUUGGAUCCCUCGAUGGUGCUGUUGAAGGUUCGAGAGACGCGCUUGACAGCGAAGAGCUGGAUGGCAGGCCUGCGGAAGCGUUUGACGACGUAUCUGUCAUCGUUGGCGACGAAGAGGAGGAUGUUUUCGAGCAGCUCCGGGAUGGCGAACGUGCGACCUGCUGCGGAGGUAGCCAUGGUGGAUGCGGGUCUGGAGUGGUGUUGGUGUUGUGGCAAGUUAUAAGUGCGCGCGGUUGGCUGAUGAAAACUCGAAGCCUCACUCUCACUCACUUCGGCUGGAUCGGACCGUCAGCUUUCACAUGCAUCGGCGUCGGCAUUUUGCUUGCUUCGUGCCCGCGUUGGCAUUUCGCCUGCUCGCAAGAUGUCCUGGAACAAGUGCGAAAGCAAGAAGUCCGUGGGCCUCGCUACGCCGGGAUGGAGAAGGGAAAAUUGCAUGUUCAUGUUCAUGCACUUCAGCACGACUAUCUGGCCAGAUUGACCCUCAGACAUCCGCUGACGUGGAGCGAUGCCGCUUCGAGGAACGAGAACAAUGCCAAUUUACGAUCUCCAAAGAAAGUAGGAAGACAAAGCUAUCAAAGACAAAGACCUCGUUCUACAAUCCUUUGUCGCUGGCGCAAUAUAAGCACUACUUCUUUGGUCAACGUUGACGCCCUUCAGCACCAUCUUCGAAGCCCCAAACUGAUGUCCAAGCAGGCUCUUGGCCCCAUUGAUCCCGAACUUCAACCAGGCACUCAUCACCUCGACCCAGUCCCUACUUCCAACACCACUUCGCCCAGACGUAUCGUCAACAUGCCUACAGCCCACUUUGACAGUGAGCAAGAGCUCUUCGAAGCCGAAGACUCUCCUCAAAAAAACCUCAUGGACCUCUUCUGGAUUCCAAAAAUAGGUGAGAAGAUCCUCCUCGACAUGCAUCCCGCUGACGUCUUCUCCACUCUCAGAACCAAUCGCCAAUUCAAAGCCAUCAUCGACAACUCGCCCGCUCUACAGAAAAGGCUGUUCCUCGCUCAGCUCCCAGAAGAUGAAACCUUGACAAAUUUCAAAACCUGGUCCAUCACUCCCGACACAGCUUGGAAACCAAACACCCUUCUCUGCCCAGAGUCUCGCAACGACACCCAAAUUCCCACCUCCCAGAAAACUCCCCGUCGACACUUCGUCCACGACCUCUUCCCCCACGCCGUUCUCUCGUGCGAAUGGCUCCAUUACCCCGUCAAUCUUCCCGGAGACAUUCAAAGCUGGCAAAUCGCACAUUCCAAAAAGCAGUUCACCAGAAUCUUUGUUCUCCGAAUUCAAUCGCAAGCGACUCACAAAGAAGAAGAAGAAGAAGAAGAAGAAACUUUUCCCGCACGUAUUCCAUCGGCGGGCGAGAAAAUGUUCCUUACUGACAGACCGACGUUCCAUUUCGUGCAGAUUGUUGAUCUUCGGGGUCAGAAAACGGACUUGCUGAGAUGGUUACGACCGGGAAACUUGACGGGUGAUUUCUUGAUCUGCAGAAUAUGCGGUUCGACCUGGUCCACGAAUGAAAGGUAA